AUGAUUGCGAUUUUUUCACUGUUCGUGCUGGCUUCCUGUCAACAAGCCCUAGCACAAUCCUGCUCUGGCUUUAUCGUCUUCAACAGAUUCCCAGAUCCCACCUACACAUCAAUCCGCGAUCAUGGCCAAAUCAUCAGCAAGGACGUCGACUGUCCUCCUGAGCAUAACUGCACAGUCCCUUACGGUGGUUAUAUAACCGGCGGCCGCACGAUGAACAUCUCGAAUCAGAGCUUCGCCGACUCUGUCUUCGAUACUAUCUCCUCAGUCGUCAACCUCGAAUUUACCGAAACAGAAACUUAUCCAGUAGCUAUGGGUACACAGACAGUCGCGAACGGCACUUCGGCUUAUAUCCUCUACACACCUUAUACCAUCUGCACCACUGGACGACUGUCCGACUGCGGCACAAAUUACGAACUUAAUGGCGAGACUGUCGAGGCAUGUACAUUUGACCUUGACUCUGAUGGCGGUAUCACUGGAAAGAUAAAUGCCCUCAUUGUUGCUGGGCAGACUGCUGCGGGAUUGACUUGCAAUCCUUCCAACACCACACAAGCCAAAGAGGGACAGUACUACGGUACUUGCCCUGAUGGUCAAGUUCAGGAUGGGAAGGAGCCUACUAGUGCUGCUAGUGCGGUCGGUUGA